GAUACCACUUGAGAAAUUACUAAUGGCCAACGGAAAGAAUGUCAUGGCCAUGUUAUUUCUCACCACCAUUGUCGCGGUGGCGGCCACAAGGCCAGCCGAGACCUAUGGCGCUGCGGAGGAGAACACAUUGAAGAUGGCUACCCCCAGCAGGAAAGGGGUUGACGCUACCUUAGCAGCUACACGUGUUGUUGCCGCUGAGAAGUCCAUCAAGAAGGCUGAAAGCGCCACCACACCAGAAGAGGCCGCGGUUGGCAAGCAAGAUGGAGCAAAAUCUGCUUCUGCUGCAUUAAAGUACAAUGCCAUCUCUCAGCAGGCAAAUGGUAAAGGUUCUUCUACCUCCCUAGGCAGGAAAGAAGCAGCCGGUACUUUAGCCGCCGCACACUAUGUCGCCGCCGAGAAGUCCAUCAAGAAGGCCGAAACCGCCAAGACACCUGCAAAGGCCGUGGCUGCCAAGCGAGACGCGGCAAAGUCUGUUGACGAUGCAUUAAAGAAUGGUGCCAUCUCUCAGAAAGCAGCUGGUACAAGUUCUUCUACCUCCCCCAAUAGGAAAGAAGGCACCACUGCUGCUGCUAAGAUGUUCACCAAGAAGGCUGAAACCGCUACCACACCUGAAGAGGCCGCGGCUGCCAAGCGAGCUGCAGCCAAGUCUACCGCUGCUGCAUCAAAGUAUGGUGUCAUUUCUCAGCAAGCGCCUGGUACAAGUUCUUCUACCUCCCCUAGCAGGAAAGAAGUUGCCGGUACCUUGGCAGAUGCUCGCAUAGCUGCUGCCGAGAAGUCCAUCAAGAAGGCUGAAACCGCCACCAGACCUGAAGAGGCAGCAAAGAAGGAUGCCGCGAAAUCUGAGGCUGAUGCAAUGAAGUACGGGGCCAUCUCUCAGCAGGCCGCCGGCAAAAAUGGUGCCUAA